AGUGCCCCUCUCUGCCUCUGUUCACUCGGCUUCAUUCUCACUCCAUCCCAUCUCCUCGAUUCCAUUCCGCUCAACCUCUUCGCCAUGGCUCCCAAGAUCGCAAUUGUCUUCUACUCCCUCUAUGGCCACAUCCAGAAGUUGGCCGAGGCCGAGAAGAAGGGUAUCGAGGCUGCCGGCGGUAGCGCCGAGCUCUUCCAGAUCCCCGAGACUUUGUCCGACGAGGUUCUGGCUAAGAUGCACGCUCCUCCCAAGUCCGCCUACCCCGUGGCUUCCCCCGACAAGCUGAAGGAGUACGAUGCCGUGCUGUUCGGUAUCCCCACUCGCUACGGUAACUUCCCUGCUCAGUGGAAGGCCUUCUGGGACCAGACUGGUGGUAUCUGGGCUACCGGUGGCUACUGGGGCAAGUACGCCGGUCUGUUCGUCUCCACCGGUACCCUCGGUGGUGGCCAGGAGUCCACUGCCAUCGCUGCCAUGAGCACCCUCGCCCACCACGGUUUCAUCUACGUCCCUCUUGGAUACAAGACCACCUUCCCUCUCCUGUCCAACCUGGACGAGAUCCACGGUGGUAGCGCCUGGGGUGCCGGUACCUUCGCCGGUGCCGACGGUUCCCGCCAGCCCACUGCCCUCGAGCUGCAGAUCGCCGAGGAGCAGGGCAAGGCGUUCUACGGCCACGUCGCCAAGGUCAGCUUCGCUUGACUACAUGGCGGCGAGGAAUCCAAACCCGAGUCGACCUCUGCGGCCGCAUCCCAGCAGCAGAAGAACAAGGAAUCGGAUACCUCCAAGCCUGCGCAAAGCAAACAGAGCGGACAGCAGUCGGGACAGAACACCCAGGUGGAUAAGGACGAGACGAGCGAGGGACCUUGCGGUCUGCCAAAGAAGUGCAACAUCCUCUAAUCGGAUCGUUUUCGUAUACCCUGGGAGCCUUCUGGCUUGAUCUGCUUUUCGGUUUUUGUUUGCUAUAGGCGUUUAUUUUGGGAGGUUUACGAUGUGAUGUUUUUUCUAUUUAAGAUGUGAAGAAUACCCGUAAAGGACUCGGAGUGCCACUACAUUACAUAGGCAUAGAAG